AUGCCAGUCUUCACCAAAUCCUCCUCAGAUUCAUGGACCUCACUUGGCAAAUGACCAUACAUCUCGCCGACGAAGCCCGAAAGCUUUUGGAAGAGGACCACGCCCAGAAAAUUACCAGAACUAGGAAGGCUCAUUGCAUGGAGAUUAUCGAGCGAAUUGAACACCAACGUGCAUCGGACCCUGACAUGCGUGCUUUCAUGCAAAACUUCCGACAAGCCAGCGAGGAUUUGCGAGGUGGAUGGAUCAGCAUGCAUCCCCCACCCGAGGUUGAAGAUUACAGACCCCUGCCAAACGAGAACGGUCGAGCAAGAAUUGUGGCAAUCGGCCGUGCUGAAGGACAUCCACACUCAGGCCAACGCGCGCAGCAGCUCGAAACUCUCUGGUCUCAGAGAGUAGACAAUCUCUCAUACUCCGGCGGAAAGUACAAGCAGAAAUGGAUGGAUGAUUUCUUGGGCUUGGAGAGAGGCCAGCAGAUGUUUCCUCCGUUCCGCGACUAGGAUGCAUGAAGGUCAGUACCUCGGACGGAUGUUCCUGGGUUUCAGACGGCAGUGAGACGGGGAUGGCUAGAGGCUUUGACAGUCCGGCAUUCGGAGGGAGGUCGUAUUAAGCUGCAGUUCAUAGAUCGAGAAGAAGCUCAUCAAUGCAGAAAAAUCUGGCAAC